AUGAACAGAACUAACAAAGUUUAACCUUAAAACUUUCAGUAUAAUACUGAAGUUAACAGAAGCUUAGAAAAAGGGUCAAUGAUUGAAUUAAAAAAUAAAAUUGAAAUAUUCUUUAAAUAACCCUCUUUCUUUGAGAUAGAUGAUAGCAGUCGCAACUAUAAUUACAAGGAGUCCUAUAAACAAUCUACUGAUUUUUCAAUAUAGCCUAGAAAUAAUCAGUUAACUAGCUAAAAUACACUUUUUUAAUCAGAAAAUGAAGAAUAAUGUGAAGUCGAUUAGAGCAAAUCAUUUAACUCAAUAGAUGAUAAUGAAAUUUAGAAGUUGAUAGAUGAAUUACUUCUUAUGGAUGAAUAAUAAGCUGCCUAGAAACUUAAAUCAUUAGGAGUUAGAGAUAAUCUUGAACUUAUUUUAGACUUUUUGAAUAACAUUGAUAAUGCAGGGUUCGAUCAUGAGAAAGAAAAUAAAAAUCAAAAGCAAUAAAUAUAAAUAGAAUCUGAGGAGAUAUUAUCUAUGAUAACUCCAAGAUUUAAUGUAGACAAAUUUUAAUCAUCCAAGCCACUUAGAUAAAAUGUAGAUACAUAAAUGAUUUCUGAUACUUUACAAAUACUAAAUGGGAAAUAGUCAGAUAAUAAAAUAAACAUUAUGCCCAGUAGCCCCCCAUUGAAAAUUUAACCUGCAAAACCAUCAACUGAAUCAAUAUCUUAAUCGUAAGAAAAGCUUCCGAAUUCAAAUCUUAAUGUAAAUUACCCCGGUAAAGAAUAACUUAGUUAAAGCAAACUUUCAUUCAAUGAUUUAAGAGUAUCUGAUAGUUAUCUAUCUGUAUAAAGUCUUCCAAUAACGUGA